ACUAGGGCCCUGCUCCUAGCCAGUGAGGGCUCUGCAAACCAUGGCUGCAGCCUUUGCUCCGAAGAGGAGCCAGGACCUGAUGACUCCCGAGCCCCACUACAUCCCUGGCUACACUGGUUACUGCCCUCACUACAAGUUCAGCAUGGGGAAGACUUACGGGCAGCAGACGUCCCAGCUCCUGACCAGCCCAGAGGUCCUGCGCUCCUGCCAGCUGGUGCUGCAGCCGACUCGCUGGUCCUGCCGAGGCACUGAGCCCCAAAACCUGCCAGGGAAGCCAGGAGCCUGCUGUGGGGCAGGCACUCAGUCGCUGAGCUCCAUCAUCAUCCCUGGAUAUACAGGAUUCAUCCCCAGAGCCCAGUGCUUCUUUGCCAAGACCUACUCCGAGAUCUGCAAGGAGGCCAGGAGCGACUUUGCCAAGCAGAGGCUGAGAGCUGCCGGCAAGGAGCAAGCCUGGCUGAAGACACGGACGCUGCUGCAGGACCCCACGCAGGAGAGCAAUGUGAGACGGGCUGGGGAUCUCACAGCUGACCCCCUAGGGCCAGGCUGCCACCAGGGCCACCCAGCCGCAGCAGCAGCAUUGGCAGCCUCUGCCCCAUAUGCAUUGCUGCACACCUUCCAGCCACAGUGCUCCCCCUACUCCAUGGAGGAUGAUGACCCCCAAAAAUAUUUCAUUUCAGGCUUCACGGGCUUUGUGCCUCGUGCCCGGUUCCUGAUUGGGACAGGCUACCCGAUAACCACCAACCGGGCCCUGGUUGAGUUUAGUCAGAUGGCCCUGAAGAAAGGAGACAGGAGUGAGACCAAGGAAGGCAGCACUAUCCUCCCACCUCUGGGAAAGACUUACCCAAGGGAGACGGGCCUGCCACCUCACUACACGGGCUACGUCCCAGGUUACAAGUUCCAGUUUGGCCACACUUAUGGCCACCUUACUAACAACGCCCUGAGCGUGAGCACCGUCAAGAAGCAGAUGCCAGACUAAGAAUACUGGUCAGGC